AUGGCGAAAAAGAACGCGUACACGAGCGCCGUCCCAACCAUUGAGCGGACUCGCGGUGGUGUCACAGAGCAUGUGUCCGGUAUCAACUUCCCACCUCCGGCCCUGGAGCGGCGCAUACCGUGCCCUCACUGUCCCAUGACCUCCGUGAACGAGCAAGGACUUGGGAUCCACGUGAAAACAAAGCACAGCAAUGCAAACAUGUCCAACGGCUUGCGGCUGCAGCGGAUGCUAGGGAAGACUCCCAAAGGGUAUGUUCAGCCGUGGGGAGAAGCCGGGCCUGGACGUUGUUGGCACGUGAAGGUCGAUGGUGCGACGGGGGCGGCUUCGUUCGUCCUCCAACGGAAGCGCUUCCGCGAUCUCGACUUGGAAAGCGACGGCUUUACGGACCGCAAAGUCAAGGAGACUCGUGGAGCUCUGCGCCUCCUCCAGGAAGACGCCGCAGACCUCUUCAAGGAGGAGCAGCUCACGCCUCGCCAGUACUUAGAGGACCGUCUCAAGGUUAACUACAGCCUGAUCGUGAAGUGGGCUCAGGACGAGGCCAAUAUAGUCCAAUCGGAAGCAGAUGACGUGAAGAAGACCCUCCUUGCCAAACAGCAGCCAAAGCGGUGGUUUCCUGAGGAAGAGAAGAAGCUCUGCAAUAUAUUCUUGGCGCGGCGGAGGAGGAAGCUGAAGGUGCCGACCCUGUGGCUGACGGUCACGUUCCGGAAGCUCGUGCAAGAGAAUCACCCUGAGGACCAACGGGCGGCGGCGUUCAGCGCGUCCUUCAGGUGGGCACGAAAAUGGGCAAAGAGGCAUAAGCUGUCCAAACGGCGCAGGAGCAACCUCAAGAACAAGUCUGUUGAAGAGCGCCUACCAAAGAUCCAGCGCUUCCACCGGCGGUUUCGCAAGCUCCUGCAAGAGCCGGUACGGUACAGGGCACCCGAGGCAUCGGACGUGUCGGCGAUGUCGACGGUCGCGGAGGGAGAGUCCAGAGAUCCCAAGUACGGUCAGUUCCAGCUCUGGGAGCGUUGGAAUGUGGAUCAAGUGCCUUUGCCAUUCGUGAACGGGCUGAUCAGCACGUGGGAGAAGACAGGCGCGUUGCGUGUAGCCAUCUCGCAGCCCUUUGCUGGCCUAGAGAAAAGGCAGUGCACCAUGCAAGUCAUCUUUGGUCCGGGUGAGAAGACUAUGCGGAUUUUGGUGAUUCUCCGAGGCCAGGGGAAGCGGAUUUCGCCGGUGGAGAAAGCCGCGUACCACAAGGACGUGGACGUGUUUUUCCAGGAGAAUGCGUGGGCGGACCAAAAGUUCUGCAUGGAGUGGGCCAAGAGGUCGUACCGCGAAGGCCUGAUCCGCGGGCGGGGUGAGCUCCCCAAGGCGAGGUCCAUUCUGAUAAUGGACAACUUGCACGCGCAGACCACGGACGAGUUCAAGGGGUAUCUUGCGAAGCAGUGCAACACUAUCGCCUGGCUUGGCCCUGCGCAGUGCACGGACGAGGUGCAGCCAGUUGAUGCAGGAGCCGGACGAUUUCUCGAGGUGGAAGUUGGUAACGAGAUGGACAAGUGGCUCGAUCAGUCGGACAAAAUCGAGAGGUGGGAAACCGCGUCGCUGACAGCAUCUGACCGGCGGGUACUGAUCACUCAAUGGACGGGAGCGGCCAUGGCAAAACUCAACAGCAAUCAGGGGUACCGACACCGCCGUUUCGAAAAGUGCGGGAUGGCGAUGACCGUGGACGGCUCAGGCGAUGAUCGAAUCACCUUGGAGGGUUUGGACCAGCCGUACACCUUCGCAAACGAUG